UUUGGAUCCUUUUACUAAAGAGUGAUUCUAGGGUUUUGAAACAUCCACCAUGAAAAACGUGGAGCAGCAUUUCUCAGAGGAUCUAUUGAUCACACAAUCUUCCAACGCGGUAAGAAAUUACUCAUACCUAAUCCCAUUUGAGAUUCUUAUCGAUAUAUUCUCGAGAGUUCCCGCAAGGUCUAUAGCUAGGUUUCGUUGCGUAUCGAAAUUAUGGGAAUCCAUACUAGGUAGUCCUGAUUUCACAGAGCUGUUCCUGACUAAGUCUGUAGCUCGUCCACGGCUCUUGUUUGCUUUGGAAGUUGAUAAAGAGUUAUUCGUCUUUUCUUCACCUCAACCUCAAAAUCCAGAUGAGAACUCUUCUCUUGUAGCCACCCCUUAUAAGUAUUUUCCCAAAGAUUUUCCAAUCAAUAUAUGUCCCCCGCUCAAUGGAUUGGUAUUUCUUCAGGAUUUGAAACGAAAACUGCAGGUGGUUUAUAACCCCGUUACGGGAGAGUCCAUAACCUUACCCGAAGUGACAGCAACUACAAGUUUUAAAAGAAGCUAUUUUAGUUUUGAUCCGAUCAGCAAAAAGUGGAAAGUCUUGUAUAUGGAAUGGUCACGUGAUGGAACACCCAAAUCUACUUACGUUUUGACAUUGAAGACUGGAAAAUGUUUAUGGAGGAAGAUCCAAGACCCAGUAUUUCCCCAUACUCCUAGAUGUGAUGAAAUAUGCAUAAAUGGAGUUUUGUAUUACGGAGCUUCCGCUAAAGGAUAUUAUAGCUAUAAGAUAGUUUGCUUUGACUUUAGGUUUGAGAAAUUCGGCCGUAUUAAGAUAAAUGGAGAUCAUACGUGGACUUUGUUUAACUGCAAAGGUAAAUUAGGUGCACAUCAGUAUAACCUUUGGGGUUACGAAAAACUUACGUUGUGGGUUUUAGAAGAUGCUGGAAAACAUCAAUGGUCUAAGAGUAUAUGCAUACUGCCAUCCAUAGUCUACAAGAAGAACAUGAUUGUCGGAAUGACUAGUAGCGGAGAGCUUGUGUUUACGCCAUACGCAUGCUAUCUAUCAAACAUUUUCUUCUACAAUAUCGAGAGGAAGACUUAUACAAGAGUCAAUAUUAAGGGAUUUGAAGAGUUUAACCAUCAAUUUACUUUGGUUCACACCUUUCUAGACUUUGUAGAGAAUAUUAAGUUUAUCUAAGUGUGUUGAAGGCUUUAUGAUAACUGUAGCUAGACUUUUUUUUUUUUUUUCAACUCUGAUGCUAUUAUA